GCAAUAUUUCUCAGUUUGAUGACAUUUAACUGAUAGUUUUUUUUGCCUUGUGUAAACUUCGCUGUAUGACGUCAGAAAGAUGAUCAUCAACUAAAGUAUCCUAAAACCACAGUUGCUGGUAAAACAGAUGUUACGUUAAAUAAAAUUUCGGAGUGACUGUAUCUUGGGGAAAAAAUGAUUUCACUGCGCUUGGAUGUAAAGAAAGGGUUACUUUUCAGUCUGGUAAGUCGAAAGAAUAAAAUGUAAUAUAUUUUCUUUGGAUGGUAUUUCUAAAAUGCUUGAUUGAAUUUCCAGCUGACUUAUACUAGAAUUUUUAUAUGAUUUGGAGAUAAAUGUCCAUGCUAAUAGGAUUCUAUAUCAGUAUUCAAUAUCUUUUAAAGUAACCCUAUCUAGUCUCCUAUGCCAUGCUUGAACACAUGUCAAUCUGCAUAUACUUUUUUAUAUCCGCGCACUCGCUGUGUUAUAAUGUUUGACAUAAGAAAAGAUCCAACACUGAAUAAAUAAACAACCAUAACAAGGCAUAAGAAAAUGUCUGACUAAAAUCUUAGAAAGCAUAUAUAUAUAUAUAUAUAUAUAUAUAUAUAUAUAUAUAUAUAUAUAUAUAUAUAUAUAUAUAUAUAUAUAUAUAUAUAUAUAUAUAUAUAUAUAUAUAUAUAUAUAUUUCAAACACUCAUUAAUAAUUCAUAAGCUUAUUGGCAAAUCAUGUCAACCAUAAUAUGUCACGUGCAGUGGCUUUAAACCUGAUAAAACACUCCUAAUUAGUAUUCUUUAUAUAAAGAAUACUAAUAAGGCAGUAUCUAUUGUAGUCGUGUCCUCAUUAGUAUUUUUUAUAUAAAGAAUACUAAUAAGGCAGUAAAUCUAUUGAAUUUGUAGUCGUGUUUGAAGCCGUUUAAUAAACUCGCAGGUCGUGUUUUAUUAGGUCUAAAGCCAUGCACUUGCGCUGCGCGCUCGUGGCUUUAAACCUAAUAAAACACUCCUGCUCGUUUAUUAAACAGUACAUAAUGUUAUAACUAAAACAUCAAUUUGCAAGAAAAUCAUGAGUACAUGCAUUUCCUCGUAUAUAGACUAAAGUAAAAAUAAGGCCAACUGAAUAUAUUACAUUCGUCAUUCGGUCAUUGUAGUCUGUCAGAAAUAAAAUAGAAUCGUCAUGCACAUACAGUCAUGUACCUGAUUGGCUGAUUCAUAUUCGGUAAUAUUUUAUUUUUCAUUAUGUUGAAUGGAUAUGCAUGCAUGGUAUCAAUAUUUUCACUCUCUGCGUUUCGGAGUCCCGUUUUUCAUGAGUGAACAUUCGGGAUUUUCAUGAACGAAUUUCCUUCAUGCAAGGCUCUAUUUCAACCUGCGCAUUGUCUUUUAAUAAUAUAAAUUUACUGAAAUUUAUCGAUAGCGCAAAAUACAUAUGCAUAUGAUCUAAUGCGCUUUUUUCAGCUGAAUUUUUGUUAUUUUUAAUAUAGAAAUAUGGAAUAUAUGCAACAUGGUUUUUGAAGGGGUGCAUGAAGAAAUUAGAAACAUUUUGUCACACAUUGAAUACAAUAGAUAUAGGGAGGAGAAAACCUAUAGACAUUGACUGGAGUCCCUAGCUAUUAAAAUUCGGACAAGCAACGACUCUCAAACAUGUCAACUCCUUAUUUUCAAUUGAUUUCAUGCAGUUGUCAAAUUAAUAUAUAUGCGGGGUUUCAACUCUGAUCACAAUCUUCAUUUCUUUUAUCACUUGUACCAAUGUUUUAUUAAUUAUAUCAUAACAUACCAAACGAAUACUGAGUUCAUAAUAAUGAAGUUCGGUGGUCGGUAUGAGUAAAAUUGCCAGUUACAUUCGACCGACGCCUCAUUGGCAUUGCAAGACAAUGGAUAUAUAAUACACGUUUAAUACUGAUCCAUAUUGUCAGAACGUCAGUGACUAUACUUGCUUAAUUUUUGCUACGGCAAAACUGAGUUGAGGUCAAGGUGUACUCCCAAUACCUACUGCGCAGAUGGUUCUGUGAAAUGAUUGAAUCGUUAAGGUAAACAUACCGGGUCGUGGCACUGACUUUGUCAAUUUAACAAAACGCGACGCGACGCUGUAUAUAUAGCUAUAUAUGCUCAUAUACUUUCAAACUCGCUCAAGGUUAUAUACGCAUGCAUGGAACUCGUAUAGUAAUAAACUUAGUAAUAAUAAUAAAAUAUAUUUUGCCACAUCCUGGGUGUGAAUGCAUAGUUAUAGGACUUAAUUCCAAGUUACUUAAUUCCAAGUUAUAAAAUGUGAAUCAUAUUUUAUAGAACCUGCAUAUGAUAGGCUAAUUUGCCUAAUCAUAUAGCCGGCCAAUUUUGUUCCCGAGAAUCCAUUGGCGACUGCAGGGAACACUGGCAGCACCAAGUUGAAUCUGCAGUAUUUAACGAGAAAAUGACUUCCACUUUCAUUGCAGGCUUGCUGCUUCGUUGUGUCAAGAAAUGGAGUUUUUCCAUCAGGUAGAUAUUAUAGAAAUACCAGGCUAUUUGUGAUGGUGCAACUCUGUCCACUGCAGGCAAGCUGAAAAAUAUUGCUUGACCGCGGUGAGAACCCCGCGGCGGGCAGUUAACUUCACCUCAGUUCAUGCACUAUUUAUUAGAUUCAAAUACCAGACUCUUUUUACAGAAUAGGGACCUAUAUAACGCGGGAAAAGUUAUUUUGUAUAAAGUGUAAAUUGAAAUUGAGUUUCUGACACGACAGAAAAGUUUAAAAGGGGAGAUCUCGCUUGUAAACUUGUCGAAAUAUUUUCUCGCUAAUCGAGAUAACUUUUCCUCAUAAUUAUGAACAGGUCCUAUAGACGAAAUGUAAACUGAUUAUAAGUACAAUUAUGUCAGCGACUCAGCCUAUUCAAAAGUAUUUACUAUUAGAAUAAAACUGGAAUAAGACUGGAUCGAACGGCAAGGUUUGACGUCAAUAUAAUUAGUAUUUUUGAACAAAUGAACAUAACAAAUCCUACAAGUUGAUUGGUCAAAUUUGACGUAUUAAGCUGUUAAGCCUGCAGCACACGAGAGCUAUGUGCUGAGCAAAAAGUUACCAGUCGUGCCUGUUAGCUCAGCCGAUAGCUCACCGUGUGCCGGUACAUUUUACUGAGUUUUUUGCCUCAUGCAACCUUUUCUCGCAUAUCAAACAUGUUUGAUCGGUGAGCUAUCUGCUGAGCUAACAGGCACGAGUAACUUUUUGCUCAGCAGAUAGCUCUUGUGUGCUGCAGGCUUAAAAUCAAAUGAAGCCGAUACAUGCACGCUUAAACAUCAGACGUAUAUCCUGAUUUUGUUGGGGAGUAUAGAAAUGUAUUUGACUAGAAAUAAAGUUUGAGAUCAGUGAAACAGUCCAGUUACUGUUUUUGUUUUUCUAUGAUGGUGAAUCAUGCAGUAUAAAUCUAAGGCUCAUUAAUAUUUUUUCCUAAGAAACAGGUGGAAUUUGCAAGGAUUAUUGGCCGACAUAUUGUAAAGUAAUAAAGGAUUCCUGCGGUAUUCAUCGUAUCUGGAUGAGAAAAUACUGUCCAGAUACAUGUGGAAUUUGUAAAGAAGCUAAACAUGGUAAGCCAAUGAAUGCUGAAAUGGUCGAUUUCGUGGGGGAUUUUGAUAGAUGUAUGCAUGGACUUAUUAAAGGGGGGGGCUCAAUGACAACAAUUUAAUCGAAAUUAGCAUGAAGGCCAAUAGACAAUUCCCAUUAUAGACUAAUUUUAAAACUAGGCAGGAGAUGCAAACAAAUCACCGCAGCUAUAGAAAGCCAGCAUACUAAAAUUAGUAAAAUUACAAAGUUCGGUUGCGAAAUGUUCUAAAAUGCGGAAAAUAUAACCUUGCAAAGUUUGCAAAUUUUGUAUACUUUUGAGUUUUGUAUUGCGUGCGGAAAUUGCUACCAUUUUCGGCCCAGAUGUGGUAGGAAUGUGGUAGGAAUUUCCGCACGCAUUACAAAAUUAUACAAAAUUUGCGAACUUUAAUUGCAAGGUUAUAUUUUCCGCAUUUUACAACAUUUCUCAACCAUGCAAACUAUGUAAUUUUACUAAUUUUAGUAUACUCUUUCUAGCUGUGGUGAUUUAAUUGCAUCUCCUUGCCUAGUUUUAAAAUUAGUCUACAAUGGGAAUUGUCUAUUAAUUAACAAAUUUGAUCACUAUACGUCUCUGACUAUACGUGAUAUAUGUUCCUUUGUUACGAAAGGGGAGGGAUCAUAAAGGCCACAUGUGGAAGAGACAGAGAAUCCUCAGAACGAAGUCAAGGGGAGGCUUGACAGAGGAUUUAUGGUAUAUUUUUCCAACAUAGCCAAUUGAAUCACUUCAAAAUUAUAAUUCAUCUAUAAUUUUACAUCAGUUUAUCAAAACAUUUUCCAUUUAUGUUCAGCGGUCAACGAAACGUAAAAUAUUAAUAUUAUUAGAUAUUCAUUAAUUUUUCUGUAUUUCUCUUUCGGUUCGACAGUAAAUCCUUGUCAGUAUACAAAAUGCCCAUACCACAGCAGAUGUAUUGUUAUUAACCUACACAGCGCGAAAUGUCUUUGUCAGAAUCUAUUUGACUGUUCGAAACAACAUUCACUUGUAUGUGGAACGGACAAGGUCACCUACAGAAACAACUGUACCUUGAAAGCGAUUGCCUGCAGAUUGAAGAAAAAUAUCAGAGUUCACUCAACUGGCUAUUGUAGUAAGUUAUUUAAUUUUUAAAAUUUUUCUUGUAAUUUACUGCCAGUAUGUUCAAGAAUUUUCGUCUCUCCAAGAAUUUUCCUCUCUCGAAACGAAUAGCAAAUCUAGGUGCACGAUAUUGUCGAAACGUGAUUUAAGUACUUGAUUUCGUACUUUCGUUAUUUGGUUAUUUAGAAUUUCCUUGCGCUCAUGUAAAGUGUAGAAAUUUUGCGAAAUGCCAGGUAUCAUCGGACGGUAUAGGAAAAUGUAAGUGUCCAUCUUAUGAACAAUGUCUAAGUAUCCCCAGACCAAUAUGUGGCAAGGAUGGCGUGACGUAUUACAAUCAAUGUUUCUGGAAAGUGAAGUCAUGCAAAGAAAAAACGAAGAUUCCCAUUGCAAGACAUGGGAGAUGUGCCGGUUAGUAUACACUACUGGUAUUUGAGGUCGAUAAUGAAUUUCAUGCCAUAAUUACUGUACAUGUAUUUUGCAAAGAGAACUUUAAUUCAGAGUCAGAGAUCGAUAUGGUUAUGCAUAUUACCUCCUGACAAACUGUCAUAAUAUGCAAAUUAUAACUCAUCAAUAUUUUAUUGCAAAAUUGUCCCGUUAUUCCGGUGAUUUCCUACUCUGGUUCCCGAGGCUCUUAAAGUAUUAUUAGCUAUUGUACAUGUACAAUAUUAAUAUUGUAACGUUUAUCUCUUAAACCGAUUUGACACAUUUUUACAAUUAACUAAUAACCAAUCACAUGCGAGGUUCAUAUUCUGAAUCAAACUUAGAUACUACAUAGAGUAUGCAAGUGAGAUUGGCAAUCGAUUUGACCAGAGAGGUUCUUGGAAAAUACUAUUUCGCUGACCUCAGAAUGACAUUUCGUCAAAACGUUUUUCUUCAAGAUUGGUUUAGAAACAAACUUGGAGUAGGGUUAGGUUAGGGAUAGGGUUGGGGUUAGGAUUAGGGUUAGAGUUGGUGUUUGGAAUAGGGUUAGUGUUAGUAAAACCGUUGCUUCGUUACGUUUUGUCACUUUGAGGCCAGCGAAAUAAUCUCUUCCGAGGUUCUUCUGUCUUCGCGCUUCUUGUGCGUCGCCGUUCUUUAAGAUCCUCUGGAACCAGGGAUUGAUUUUCAACUCACGACACCAAGUUGCAUGCAAAAAGACCGUCGUAGUAAUGAAUGAGUGAAAUUCGGUAAGACUUAUUGAAUUUGGGUAGGUAAGAAUUUCAGACCUUCGAGUCUUCGACCGAAAUGAGCUUAGGUUAUGUGGUCGUUAUUUCCAAACGUCUACUCCAAAAGAAAACCGGUGGAUAUUUUUCAGGCUGAAUCUGUGGGUUCUUUAUUUUUAAUCCGUUUCUGUGGGUUCUUUAUUUUUAAUAACAGGUACACAAUUUAACUUUAUCAUUGUACACUAUACACAUGCUAUGAUGGUCACGAAUUUAAUUUUUCCAUUUAUCGGCUCAAUUUAUUUUCGUAUAUUUACGCAGCCAUAUCAGGAAUUGGUACUUCAAGACCACCUGGUGAGCCAAACAGUAAGUAUAUAAAAUAAUACCUUAUUGAAUUGACCACUUGCGUAAUAGACAAAACAGCUUGAAAGAGCAUCAAAAAAUGUUGUAAAAUGCGGAUAAUAUAGCCUUGCGAAGUUUGCCGUUUUUCAGUCAUUUUGUUUUACAAACGGGAAAUUGACAGACCCAAAGGGUAUUGGUCUGUCAAUUUCCCCCGCGUAUAAAUGCAAAAUGACUGAAAAACGGCAAAAUUCGCAAGGCUAUAUUAUCCGCAUUUUACAACAUUUCGCAACAAAACUUUGGAAUAUUACUAAUUUUGUGAUGCUCUUUCAAGCUGUGAUGAAAUUUUUGUCUAGACUUGUUGAGAUCAAAAUUUUGUCUAUUACGCAAGUGGUCAAUUCUGAUAGUUUAAUUGGAUGUUUAUGGUCACGUGAUAUUGAAUAGAAAAUUCCAUUUCCCAAGAGUGAAAUGGAAUACGUUCCAUUGCACUCUUUGCGAGUGCAAUUGUAUACUAUACGUUUUAUUCCAUUGCACUCUUUGUGUUUUCGAUAAAUCGCAUCCGUCAAAAUGCUUCUCAUACGCCAAAUAAUGAAUGUUUAUUCGUGAUAGAAAACAAAUAAUGAAUGUAAAUUCGUGCAAUGGUAAGAAUAUUUUCAUUCAGUGAAAGAUGGAAUGUUCAUUCAACUCGGCUGUCGCCUCGUUGAAUGGAACAUUCCAUCUUUCACCGAAUGAAAAUAUUCUUAACCGCUGCAAAUAAACAUUCAUUAUUUGUAUAAAAAACCAUUAAUUACCUAUAGGUGGGAUAGGGGCCGAGAAGAAACAGAAAACAGUCAAGUCAGAUUUUUAUAAAAUAUUUUUUAUCCAACAAUUCAACUUUGUACAUCAACCAAAAUCUGUAUACAUGGUUACAUACCUAAACGUAAACAUUGACGCGAAAGUCAUAAUGAGAAAACUAAUGUUUGCGAUGCAAUAUAGUUAAUGUAGAGUAUAUAAAAAUUACAAUGCAGAAUGGUUAAUAUAGGAAUGGUGACUACAUUGUUUAGUCAAAGUAUAUUGCAUAUAUACAGUUAAAGAUUGCGUCUCUAAAUUAUUAUUAUAUCUAAUUAUCUUUUUUAUUUCCAUGAUAUUACUGAUUGUUGUAUAUUUUUUUUCUCCAUAUUACAUAUUGUUUGAUAUCACAAAAUUUGAAUGUGAUAUAAAUAUUAAAUCUAUUCUUAGAAGAGUCGUGUCAAUCAAAUUUCUGCCCAUAUUACAUGUUAUGUCGUGAAGUGAAUGGAGUCGCAACAUGUGGUAAGUAUAAGUUGGUCGUUAUUUUAUAGUGCCUUGCACGUUUCCAAAGUUAAUUAUGAAUUAAGAAUUUGGCCGUCCGUGUGAAAAUCACACAAGUUAGUGGACUUGGAAGUUGGAACUAUGCAACCAGUGAUCUCUACACAGCCAGAAACACCACAGACUUGCUGCAAGUUGCGGAUUUUACCCGGCCUGCUGCAAGUUGUCAACAAGUUGCAGCAGGCUUGUUGAAAUCAGGCUUGCUGCAAGUUGACAUUUGUAGACUUGAUGCAAAUUGAUGGAACAAGUUGCAGCAAGUCUGCAAAUGUCAACUUGCAGCAAGUCUGAUAGAGCAACUUGCAGCAAAUCUGAUGAACGCAUCAAUGCUGAUGCGAACUGAGAAAAUCAGGCUUGCUGCAAGUUGUCAUCUGCAGACUUGAUGCAACUUUGUUUCAUCAACUUGCAUCAAGUCUGUGGAUAUCAAGUUUUGACAAGUCUGAUGGAACAACUUGCAGCAAGUUUGAUGAAUGCAUCAAUGUUGAUGCAAGUUGAGAAAAUCAGACUUGCUGCAAAUUGUUAUCCGCAGGCUUGCUGCAAGUUGUUCAAACAAUUUUCAGCAAGCUUGUGGAUAACAAGUCUUGACAAGUCUGAUAAAACAACUUGCAGCAAGUCUGUUAAAAUCAAGCUUGUUGCAACUUGACAUUUGCAGACUUGCUGCAAGUUAAUAACAAAUUCAUUUGACUUGUUCAUUAUCAAGCCGUAGCAAGCGAUGCGAAUGAUCCUGAUAUCGGCUUGAUGAUCGCAAGUUGCAUCAAGUCUGCAGCAGACCUGCUGCAACUUGCGCGUUUCUGGCUGUGUAUAUACCUUAUAUCUGCAUGGAGCAAGAAGUAGUCAUUCGGCCUAUGAUAAAUUCAGUUUUUUAGAUAUUACGCGAAAUUUGUUCCACAAAAACUGUUCUAUAGAAUUUUUAAAAAAUUGAGUAUAUUGCAAUAAAUUACCAGUACUUUAAAAUACAAAAUUUCAGAAAAUGUCUGCAUUACCAGCCUUGCGCGGUCAAAUGAAAUUUCAACUCGACAAGAUCACGUCAUUUUGUUAUCAGUCUCAUGCUUAACCAACUACGGUAGGGAGCCACCUUAACUAUUAUUCGUUAAGUACGAAAUUUCAGCACACUCCGUGCAGCUUUGUCUGAACCGUGCAAUAACAAUAGAAAAGGACUGGAACUUUUGGACUCGAGUUCCAACUUCGUACCCAGGGCGUCUGCGCUUGUGGCUCUCAGCCAGAAGCCCUGGGUACGAGGUUGCUCGAGUUCUUACUUGAGAUAUACAUGGAGUUCACUGGAACCAAUCACCUUGUGACGUCAUUUAAGUCACAUGCAAGGACGAAAUCGACAAACAACUUAGGUUUUUCUAUCACCGUUGCUUUAUUGACAUUUAUCGACUGCAGUUUCUAAAAUUGCGCCACAAAUUGACUAUAUACCAAAAUACCGACACCGUCAGCUUUCGGGUUUUUAAUUAACAAAAAAAUCCUAUUUUUUAUGAAACAUAACUUCAAAAGUCAAAACGAAAACUGCAACUCAAAAAUACUAUAGAAUAACAACGUAUUCAGACAGAGAUAACUGUAUAUGGCUUGCCAUGCUGAAUAACGUUCUCAUUACAGCUUUCUAACGUUACACACUUCGUCUUUUCUAUUUUUAGUGAAAAUUUGUCCACAAAGUUCGUGUUCUUGUGUAUAUGGCGUGGAAUACUACCAACACCGUAAUGGCUGUCUCAUGUGCCGAUGCAAAUUGCCUUAUCUGAUUAAAGCACGGAAUUAAAAACAUCAUACGGUGAUAAUAUUUUGUAUAUAAAGUUCCAUUUUUGACCUUUUUAACAAGGGCGUAGUUAAAGGGAGAGAGAGGAGUCCCAAUUUGACUGUUUCCUUUAAUAUAACGAGAAAAUAUAUAGAUUUAAAUUCGCCUCUCCAAACAAUUUUGAAAAUGCAACCUGUCAUUUUACAUGGUGCAGUUUUACAUUGAUCAGUGUGAAAUCAUUGAUUAGUUAAUAAGUAUAUAACAAGAUUUUGCAGGGAUUUUGUAUUUUGUAUUAGUUACCAAGAACAUGGGUCAAACGAAUUGGUCGUUACAUGCAGCUUGCAUGAUUAAAUUGAAAAUCAUACCAACGUCACGGUGUGUACGUACAGUAAAAAACAUGUUUUACGUACAGUAAAGCCCCAUGGGUUCUGACCACUCUAAAAACACCCUGGUUAAAAAUUUCCAGGUUUGUCUAAAAUUAACCCUGUUUCAACAGGUCAGUGUUGUCAAAAUUACUGAACAAAAGUAAUGAGUAGAAAUUACAAUUACUUCUCCUAAAAAGUAAUUGAUUAGAUUACAAAUUACUUUUACUAGAAAAAGC